AUGUUAUUCGCCCCGAGUGGUCUUCAAAGUCCACGCCGUCGCAACCGCAUCAAGUCCAUCUUCCUUACAAUCUCCAUUGUCCUCAUACUCUAUCUCCUUUUCUUCUCCUCAUCCUCUAAGUCGACUAUCCACAAGGACGAGCCCAGCUAUGCACAGCGUUAUGGCCCUACCCCGACACCCAAGACAGACGAACAGGCCCGUCCUAUCAUCCAAAAACACAAAGACCUUGUCGUAGCCAGCAUGAAGAACGAUGAUACCUCAUGGCUGGCCCAGUUUUUCCCAGACUGGUCGCGCAGCAUUUACGUGGUGGACGAUAAAUCGGCCUCGUUGACAGUGUCGCGCAACAAGGGUCGUGAGUCAAUGGUGUAUUUGACAUACAUUAUCGACAACUACAAUAACCUGCCGGAUAUCAUGCUAUUCAUCCACUCUCAGCGAUACCAAUGGCACAAUGACGACCCAUACUAUGACGGUGUCGCUAUGCUAAGCAAAUUUCAAGUCCCCUAUCUACAGAAACAGGGAUACGUGAAUAUACGCUGCGCUUGGACACUCGGCUGCCCAGCAGAGAUUCACCCGCUAACAGAUACACACCGCGACGAUAUACAUGCUGGCGAGUAUUUCAGAACUGGAUUCAUGGAGCUAUUUCCUAGCAUGGCCGUCCCAGAAAAGGUCGGCGUGUCGUGCUGUGCUCAGUUCGGCGUGACUCGUGCUAAAGUACUCGAGAGGCCGAAAAGUGACUAUGAGCACUACCGCAAAUGGCUUGCGGAGACGAAGCUGGGAGAUGAUUUGAGUGGCCGGAUUAUGGAAUACUCAUGGCACAUCAUCUUUGGCAAGGAGCCCGUUCACUGUCCGUCCGCACAGGAGUGUUACUGUAAUGUGUUUGGACUUUGUGAUCUGAAUUGCCCCGACAAGGGCUCUUGCGAUGACCGCUAUGCGCUUCCACCAUUUUCAACACUGCCAGAAGGAUGGCCCUUCCUUGGAUGGAAGGGUCAGGCACAGGACCCGAGCCAUGGUCUACCGGAAUCAUGA